AGUGGGAAGGUGAAAGGUCAGUCCUGGUCAUUUUCAGGGCACAAUUUAAAAACACUGAAGAAAUGAUUUAAAAUUGCUAAAGAAGGCCCUUGGUUUCACUUUUUUGUUUUUGUUUAAAUCAGCUUUUCCUUUCAAUCUACUUUUAUGUUAAAAAAGGAAUCGAAUGCUUUCCCUUGAUAUUAUACAGCAUUUGAAAGAAGGAAAUUGCAACUCUGGGUUGCGUUAUCCACUGUGUCUCCUGUCUCCUGUGGGCAGAACGACGCCACCUUGUGGGUGUCUCCUUUCUGCAAGAUGUUGUUAUGUGGGUCCCUUGGCCGUCCAUUGUUUUGGAUCUUUCUGAGCCCUCUGCCCCCUCCACCACCUUAAAUUCAAACGCCCUCCUCAUUCCAGCUUCCCCUUUCCCUUCUCAAAUCCACCCCUGCAAUACUGUCUCUUCAGUAGAAUUGCUCUUUUCCCAAAUUGCCCUUUCUCCCUUCAGUCUUCCCCAAGCCUGAAAGCCCCCCUUCUAAGUUUCUUUCAGUCUCUGUUCUGAGACAAUCAAGAAACAAGAAAGGAAAUUCCUCCCUCCCCAUUGCCCUGUUUGGUUCAUUGCCCAUUUUCUUGAUGCUUCUUCCCCUGUCACUCCCCAUUGCUCUGUUUGGUUGAUUGCCCAUUUUCUUGAUACUGCUUCCCCUGUUCUGAGCCAAUCAAGAAACAAGAAAGGAAAUUCCUCCCUCCCAGUUGCUCAAUUUGGUUGAUUGCCCAAUUUCUUGAUACUUUUUAGCCCAUUUGCUCGAUACCUCUUUUGCCCAUUUUCUUGAUACUUGUUCCCCUAUUCUGGACUUCCUAGUGAGAAUCUGAUUGUAAGGGAUGAUGCAAUCAGAUCAAGUUCUGCUACCCAUUGCAUAUGAUUUGCAUAUGAACAUGGGUACUCUGGGCACCAAAGCCCUGCAUCAUGCUCAGGAAGAGAUUUUCCAUAGAGAUAUUUAUAGUGAUGAAUCCAUGUACAACAGUCGCUUCAUAUUCUAUGCUUCCCCAUCUCCCCCUCCAAGUAUUGCCAUAGAGGCGGCGGUGGUGGCGGCAGCGGCGGCCCCAAAAUUGGGGAUGCAAGGGAAAGGUGGGCAGCUGCAGGAGUCGUCGAGUGGGCAGUCACAGGCCAAUUCGGCAUCAGAGGAGGCAGAGGAGCAGCACAAUAAUAGCCUCAUAAUUGAUGAGCGGAAGCAGAGAAGGAUGUUGUCCAACAGAGAAUCGGCUCGGCGCUCCAGAAUGAGGAAGCAGAAGCACCUGGAUGAGCUCCGCGCUCAGGUGGCUCACAUGAGGGCUGAGAACAGACAAAUGAUGAGCAGAUUCGAGAUUGUAUCUCGGAGCUAUAACCAACUCCUGGAAGAAAACCGGGUCCUGAAAUCCCAGACAUUUGAGCUCUCUCACCAGCUUCAGCAAUUGCACGAAGCGCUUGCUGUAUCCCAAUCUGCAUCCUCUUUUGCUGCAGCUUUGAAGCUCAUGGUUUCCCACACCACCAACAUUGAAAUGGAUGAUCCCCACUCUGAACUACUCGUCUGAGAGCCAAAAUCCCCCUCCAGUUUAGAACCCAAAUCUGUAUAGCCUACUAUGCAUCUCUUUCCAUUAGUCUUCUGGUCUUUUCUGUAAGCAAGUGUUGUAAAAUUCAUCAUAGGAUACCGUCAUAUCAGUAGAACUUUGGUGCCCUAAGAUUCCAUUCAUGUCAGUGUCUGCUUUAUAGCCAAACCAAACGAUCUAAGGCAGUUGCAUUCCCGAAUCCCAAGCACAAACUAAUGGUUAUUGGAAUAUUGGAAUUGGUAAAGAAAUAUGAAAUGGGUGUUAAAUAUUUAAAUCUACCUUGUACCUAAUGUGUUCUUCAUUGGAAGCUUCAUGAUUCAUCAUGCAAAGCUGUGUCUUUUAACAAAAGCUUAACUAUAAA